AUGACCAAUGAUGGAGCCAUCAAUCGCUUGCUAUAUGCAAUACUCAGUCAGAAAUGUCUCAAAGAUAUUGACUGGAACAAAGUAGCACAUGAUCCUAUCCUUUCUCAAGAGAUCACCAAUGGCCAUGCUGCUCGAAUGCGCUACUCUCGAUUCAAGAAACAGAUGGACGGCAUGACUUCAAUGCCAACUCGUCCUAGGAAGAUCGCAACUCCGCGACGCUCCAGGGUCGAGAAGAAUAAAUUCGCCAAACGAGAGCCGAGAAUCAAUAGUCGUACAGAUAGUCUCGAAAACAUGGAUCUCCCCUUUCGCCUGAAGUCUGAAACUCAGGUCGUGCACCCAUCCUCUUCCACGAACAUGAUCACCACAAAUAUGGACCACAAAGUCCCGCUCUCCACACUUCAUAUUGCUAAGUUCGAACCCACCACACCCAUCACUUCCCACCUCAAAACGAAGACCGAGUCCAACCUCCUUAUUCCGUUCUCCACUACACCGUCAGAGUCCUUCCAUCUUCAAACUUCUUUCCCUAUGGACUCGCCCACCUCUCCCAACAGUCCCAUACUCUCAACUCCUGGUGUUAUGAUGAGUCUUAAUAGUUCUAUGAGUAGUACCGCAAGUCUAGACAAUUGUAUGAUGGAUACCUCGCUCUUCAGUCUACCACUAUAUGAGCAAGCUGAGUACAAGGGAUCCAUAGGGGCUGGCCAUCGGGGCGAGUUAAGAUGUUGUUUCGACCCUUGGAAUCGGGACGAGGGUGGAUUUGGUAACAUUACUAGUGGCGUUGAAGAUGGAGAUACAAUCAUGGUCAAGAGGGAGACUUGUGAUGAUGCUUCUUAUGGAUUCUUCUGA